GCUGUGGCAAGAGGACAAGUUGAGCUUUUGGGGAGAGUCCCCUCAUCAAAAAAAAUUAUAAGCCUUCAAGUCACCGACAAAAUGGUGCCUGCCUUUCGCUUUUUAGCUUACUACUUCGUUACAAACAAGGGCCGUCAAGAAAUUGUUGCUGAUUCUGUAUGGGUGGAUGUUAUGGAUGUCUGUGAAGGAAAGAUUAAAGUGAGAACAGAGCGAGAGAUAUAUGAACCAGCAGACAACAUCAACUUGUUGAUUGAAACGGACCAUGUGGGAACAGUUGCCUUAGCUGUGGUUGAUAAAGCAGUUUAUUUUCUGAAUAAGAAAAAUAAGCUUACAGCCAAAAAAGUAUUUAAUGCUAUGAACUCAUAUGAUCUUGGAUGUUCUGCAGGUGGUGGUGCAGAUAGUAUUCAAGUUUUUACUGAUGUUGGUUUAGCCUUUUUAUCAGACACAAUUAAAUCCAACCUUCGGGAAAGCUAUAGGUGCCGCUGGGUUACCAGAAGGCAGAAGAGAUCUUUGGAUUUUCAGAAGGAAAUGUUAGGAAUUGCCAGCAAAUACCAAAACACUGCUCUGCAAAAAUGCUGUGAAGAUGGAAUGAAAUUAAAUCCCAUGAGGUUUUCUUGUGCAAAAAGGCUAUCAAGGGUGGCUGGCUCCGCUGAAUGCAGAAAAGCCUUCCAGGAGUGCUGUGAAAAAGCUGUAGCUCUCAGAAAGGAGGCGAAGAGGAGCAUGAGAGUGGGCUUGGCACGAUACUACGAUGGCCAUGAAGAAGCUUUUGAUGAAACCUCCGUCCACUUGCGCAGUUACUUUCCUGAGAGCUGGUGGUGGAAUUUUGAAGAAGUGAAAAACCCUGGAAAUCAUAGUGUAGGAAACUUCGUUCCUGACUCUAUAACUACCUGGGAAGUUCAGGCAAUAAGCAUAUCUCCCCAAAAAGGAUUUUGCGUUGCUGACCCCCACACCUUUGCAGUUUUCAAAAACUUUUUUGUAUCUCUGAGAUUACCAUACUCAGUGAGACGACAUGAACAACUGGAAAUAAAAGCAGUGGUUUACAACUAUCUGCCCAACAAUCUCCAGGUGACGGUGGCGAUGGAAGCGGUGAAGGGGCUGUGCACAGCAGAGGAGACGGGGAAGGCCGUGCGGCUGACGCUGGUGGCUAAGGGCAACUCUGCAACUCCAGCCUACUUCUCAGUUGUCCCUCUGACUCUGGGAGAAAUUCCAAUUACUAUUACUGCUUUCGACACGGUUUCGGGGUACAGUGACAGCAUUAAGAAGAACCUCAAUGUUGUGGGUGAAGGUGUUUUACAGAGAGAAGAACAGACCAUUUGCAUUAACAGUGACUUAAAGUCCCAGACACUAUACCUGAACAAACCACCUGAUAUGAUACCAGGUUCUGAUAGUCAUGUGUUGGUUAGCCUGAAAGGAAAUAUGAUGGACGAGUCUGUUGAAAAUUGCCUUAGCCUCACUGGAGUUGAAAAACUUAUUCGGCUGCCCAAAGGCUGUGCAGAGCAAACUAUGGUGAAAAUGGCCCCUGCAGUCUAUGCUAUUGAGUACUUGGAUGCCAGUGAACAGUGGGUAAACUUUAAUCCUGAACGGAAGGUGGAAGCCAUUAAUAUGAUUGAAAGAGGUUAUACUAGGCUGCUUGAGUUUCAGAAAGAGGAUGGCUCCUAUGGAGCAUUCAAAAGAACCCCCAGUAGUGUAUGGUUAACUGCAUUCAUUGUUAAAGUACUCACAAGGUGCAGAGGAUACAUUAGUAUCCAAGACAGACACAUACAGAACUCGAUUUCCUACUUGAUUAAUCAGCAGCAAACAGAUGCUUCAUUCCAUGACCAUCACCCAGUAUUUGACAGGACUAUGCAGGGUGGCAUUGGGUCAGCAGAGGAGGAUUUGGCCUUGACAGCCUUUGUAACUAUAGCAUUACAACAGACUCUGCAGGCCUUUGAGGCACCUGAUGUGGUACAAGUGAUUAGAAGAGCAGUGGCUUACAUGAAAAAUGAACUUUCGAGAAAUAAAGACUGCUAUUCUACAGCCAUCACUGCAUAUGCUCUGACACUGGUGCAGCCUAAUAGUGAAGAAGCCCGGUUUGCAAAUGAAAAAAUAAGGGCCUGUUCUGUUUUUGAUGAAGCAAAGCAGCAUCGCUACUGGGGAAACGGCAAGGAUGCAAUCUCGGUAGAAACCACUGCCUACGCGUUGCUUCAAACUUUACUUCUGAAAGACAUGGACUACGCAAGGCCAAUUGCUACGUGGCUGACAGAAAGAAGGAACUAUGGUGGAGGUUACUGCUCUACACAGGACACAGUGGUGGCCCUAGAGGCUCUGUCAGCAUACAACAUCCAGACACUGAACACCGCUCCUACCAACCUGACUGUAAAACUGGUAACACCUGGAAGACAAAGAGGCUAUAGUGUUGUUCUGACUGAUACCAAAGAAGCAAUUCAGAAGGAGCUGGAGUUUGAACUUGGGAGAAAACUUCAAGUGUCUGUAAACGGCAGAGGAAAUGGGACAAUGAGUAUAUUAAAAGUGUACCGGUCUUCUGAGGUGAAGGACACAUGUAAUGAUUUGAUUUUGACGGUGGAGAUGGAAGGGAGCGUUACGUACUCUGAAGUUGCAUACUCUGAUGAAGACUAUGAUUAUGAGGCCUUGAUUGCUGCAAAGAGUACAUCUGAGCCACUGUCUGAAAUAGAGUGGUUUGAUAUCCACACCAGAAGGAAAAGGGAAGUGACGUCUCCCAGUAAAGCAGAAUCACUGCAGUACAAAGUCUGUGUCAGGUCCACAGGUUCGAAGGCACCAAAGAUGUCCCUGGUUGAUCUGUCUCUGCUGAGUGGCUUAGAGCCAGAAACAAAGGAUCUUGAACAGUUGGUGACAUCUUCAGACCAGUACAUUCAGCACUACGAGUACAAAGAAGGAAAGGUAUUGCUCUACUUCGGUGAGAUCACAAGUGGACCAGAACCAGAUUGUAUAUCAUUUGGGGCAAAUCAAAUCAAUCCUAUGGGCUUGGUUCAGCCAGCAAAUGCCAUCCUUUAUGAUUUUUACAACCCUGAGAGAAAGUGCAGCAUAUUCUACAGCGCUCCCAAGCACAGUGCCAUGCUCUCAAAGGUGUGCCAUGCCAAUGUUUGCCAGUGUGCGGAAGGACCCUGCCCAAAACAAAGAUCAACUUUCAGCAAAACCGUAACACAAAAUUCACGCUUGAAUUUUGUCUGCUAUGACCCUAUUGUGGAUUAUGUUUACGAGGUGGAGAUCCUCAACAGUACACAGAAGAAUGUGUUUGAUUACUAUGAUGCCAGAGUCCACAGAAUCCUUAAAGCCACUGCUGAUGAAAGCCUCCAAGUGGGUUCCCACCGACAGUUCCUAAGACGUUCCACAUGCGAGUUAAACAUGGUCACAGGCAAACGGUACCUCCUCAUGGGGAAAGAUGGGCAAACGAUUGAUUGCCAGAACAGGAUGCAGUACUUCCUUGAUGCGCAAGCCUGGGUAGAGAAAAUUCCAGAGGACGGCGAAUGCCGCACCACUCUGCACCGGCAAGCCUGUGCUCACCUGCAGGACUUCUUGAACACGUCUGACAACCUGUGCCGCUUCUGA